AGAGCGAGGCGCGCGGAGGUACAGAGCACAGAGGAGCCCUGGUUUCACUUAAAACAGUUUCAGGUCUGCAACGUAUAACUUUGCUUGGUUCGUUUCUUACUUGGGUACUCGUGUUAGAUCUGAGUUUUGUAAGGUAAAUUUUUUUUGUUGUUGUUCUCGCGUGCUAGUCACCUCUUAAAAGUUGGCUGAAUGUAUAACAUGAUGGAAACCGAGAUAAAAAGUCCACUGCCGCCGCAGUCCAACACGGGCUCCACGGCGGGUGGCAAAAACAACAGUGCUAACGACCAGGAGCGCGUGAAACGGCCUAUGAACGCGUUCAUGGUGUGGUCGCGCGGCCAACGGAGGAAGAUGGCGCAAGAGAAUCCAAAAAUGCACAACUCCGAGAUCAGCAAGCGACUGGGAGCUGACUGGAAACUUUUGACCGACGCUGAGAAGAGACCGUUCAUUGACGAAGCGAAGAGGCUGCGAGCCAUGCACAUGAAAGAACAUCCGGAUUACAAAUACCGUCCCCGCAGAAAGACCAAGACCCUGCUCAAGAAAGACAAGUACUCCCUGCCCGGAGGACUUUUGGCGCCAGGUGCAAACGCUGUCAACAACGCCGUCUCGGUUGGCCAGCGGAUGGACAGCUACGCGCACAUGAAUGGGUGGACGAACAGUGCAUAUUCGCUCAUGCAAGACCAGCUAGCCUAUCCCCAGCAUCCCGGCAUGAACAGCCCCCAGCUUCAGCAGAUGCACCGGUAUGAGAUGGCUGGCCUCCAGUAUCCGAUGAUGUCCUCCGCACAGACCUACAUGAACGCCGCUUCCACGUAUAGCGGCAUGUCGCCCGCAUACACACAGCAAACCUCCAGCGCUAUGGGCCUGGGUUCCAUGGCUUCCGUGUGUAAGACGGAGCCCAGUUCUCCGCCGCCGGCGAUAACUUCCCACUCUCAGCGAGCGUGUUUGGGAGACCUGAGGGAUAUGAUAAGCAUGUAUCUUCCUCCCGGAGGAGACAGCGCUGACCACUCAACUCUGCAGACCAGCCGGUUACACAGUGUUCAUCCGCACUAUCAAAGCGCGGGGACGGGUGUCAAUGGAACACUACCCCUAACACAUAUUUGAAAGACUUUUUUUGCGGUGUGUGUGUGUGUGUGUGUGUGUGUGUGUGUGUGUAAAGGACUAAGUACUUCGGAUACUUGAACAUUUAUUUGCAAAAAAAGAGAAAAAUAGAAGUUCCGUUUUGUUAAAAAUGAAAUUAUUUUUAAUCCGAAUGAGUUGUCAAUUUUAAAGAAUUUUAUGAUGACAUAUCAUGGACUGAAUGUUGCCCUCAAUAAAACCUGCAUUGCAAAGGAGCUUUUUAUCAUAAGCUAACGCAAUCAACUAUAGAAGAAUUGGACUUCUGACUUUAAAUGCCAUCAGAUUUUCUCUCUAUGAAAAAGGCAAGUAGCUUCAUGAAGAGGCUGUUGUAUUUCAGAAAAACACGGGAGAGUAUGUUCGCUCAUUUAAUGUUUACACUUCAUUUGUAGAAUGUCGGUUUUUUGUUGACUGUGUCCAAAUCUGUGUAGUCCUCUGUUCUUCGUUUAUUCGGUAGGUUUUAAUGAAAUGAAAGACUGUGCUGGCCGCAAGCGUAAAGUUUGUUUUAUUUAUAGUACUUUUUAUAUAAAAAGCUUGUGAACCGUACGUAUCGUUGAAAGUUCUUUUUUGGUGAAUAUUUCUUUCUGUGAUGUUUCGACAGUAUCAGGUUAACCCAUUCUGUGGGACGGACAGUUUUAUUUAAAACUGACGUUUCUACUUAUUUUAAGACCAUCCUCUAUUCUCAAAUGCUGAAUAAAUUUUUACAAAAUGA